AUGAAGAGGAACUACCAUAUGUUUGGUGACAUGGUGGCGUUUGACUCCACUUACAACACAAACAAGUAUUGCAUGAUCUUCACACCUUUCACGGGGAAGGACAAUCAUGGUAAACCCGUAACAUUUGCUGCUGGAUUGGUCUGCAACGAGAAAACAGGGGCCUUUGCCUGGUUGUUCAAACAUUUCGUCGAAUGCAUGGGUGUAGCCCCCAAAAUGAUUGUGACCGAUCAAGACAUGGGCAUGAGAUCAGCUAUUCAAGAGGUUCUUGUAGGAACUCGACACCGAUGGUGUAUGUGGCAUAUAAUGCACAAGUUGGCUUCCAAGGUUCCAGAGGAGUGGAAUGGAGUGAUUGAGCGUUAUGAGCUGGAAGACGUUGAUUGGUUGAACACAUUGUACAAGUAUAGACAGAUGUGGAUACCGGCCUACUUCAAAAAUUUCCCACUCGGUUCGAUGAUUAGGACUACGUCCAUAUCAGAAUCUGAAAACAGUUUCUACAAAAAUUUUAUGAAGCCCCGAGCGAACCUUGCCGAAUUAUACUUGUAUUUCAACAAUGCUCUGGACUUUCAGCGGAAUGCUAGAACAAAGCUGGACUACAACGAUGCUACUUCCGUGCCCAUACUGGCCACUAAGUUGGGUUUCGAGAAACAUGCUGCGACGAUUUACACAGACAGUAUGUUCAGGAAGAUACAAGAAGAAAUUGUUGAUGGGAAUGACAGAUGCCGUGUGCUUGGUUUUUCAUCAACAGAUAAAAUUGACACCUACAAGCUUGGGGAUAGCGGACGGAAUUCGUAUUCCGUAAGACACGACAAGACUGACGAAUCAUACUCGUGCGACUGCAAAUUGUUCGGCAGGCAGGGCUAUUUGUGUUGCCACAUUUUUUUUCUAUUCAGGAACAAUGAAGUGUCAAAAAUUCCAGAGAUGUACUGCAACAGCCGAUGGAUGAAGACUCCCUUUAGCCAAGGCCGUACAUGGACUUUUUGA